AGGAUGCGCCCGGCCCUGAGAGGCGAUAUAAAGCGUCGCGCCUCUCCCAGUCGCUUCGCCUGCAACGUCCACGGAUCUUAGCUGUGGUGGCGGCCGUCGCUCUCCCGCGCUUUCCGUGGAGCCCUGCGUCCUGACCGGUCUAUGGUGUUUCCUGGAGCCCCCAGCACCGUCAUGUCGCGCUCGGAAGAGGUGCACAGGGUCACCGAGAAUGUCUACAAGACAAUCAUGGAACAAUUUAAUCCCAGUCUCCGGAACUUCAUAUCUAUGGGAAAGAAUUAUGAAAAGGCCUUGGCAGGUGUGACAUAUGCUGCAAAAGGAUAUUUUGAUGCCCUGGUUAAAAUGGGAGAAUUGGCCAGUGAAAGUCAAGGAUCUAAAGAAUUAGGGGAUGUUCUGUUCCAGAUGGCUGAAGUCCAUAGACAGAUUCAAAAUCAGUUAGAAGAGAUGCUGAAGUCCUUCCACAAUGAACUACUAACACAACUUGAGCAGAAAGUAGAGCUAGAUUCACGGUAUCUAAGUGCUGCACUAAAGAAGUACCAGACCGAGCAAAGGAAUAAAGGGGACGGAGUAGAGAAAUGCCAGGGUGAAUUAAAGAAGCUUCGGAAGAAGAGCCAAGGAAGCAAAAAUCCUCAGAAGUAUUCAGAGAAGGAGCUGCAGUUUAUUGAAGCAAUGACCAAUAAACAAAGUGAGCUGGAGAACUAUGUAUCUGAUGGUUACAAGAUGGCACUCACAGAGGAGAGGCGUCGAUUUUGUUUCCUGGUGGAGAAGCAGUGUGCAGUGGCCAAAAAUGCUCUUACGUACCACUCCAAGGGAAAAGAUAUCUUGACACAGAAGCUCCCAUUAUGGCAACAAUCUUGUUCGGAUCCCAACAAGAUCCCAGACCGUGCUCUCCAGCUUAUGCAGCAGAUGGCCCUCAGCAGCAAUGGCUCAAUUAUGGCUACACCUCUGUCAACAUCCAAGUCAAAUCUCAUCAUCUCGGACCCUAUACCUGGUGCCAAACCUCUCCCAGUCCCUCCAGAGCUGGCACCUUUUGUAGGACGAAUGUCUGCACAAGAGACCAUUCCAGUAAUGAAUGGCGUCUCUGGCUCAGAAGGUGAAGAUUACAGCCAUUGGCCUGACCGAAAGCCGCCUCAGCCGAAGUCCUUAUCCCCACCACAAACUCAGAAGCAAUUGAGUGACUCUUACUCCAAUACUCUCCCUGUGCGUAAAAGUGUAAUGCCGAAAAACAGCUAUGCAGCCACUGAAAACAAGACACUUCCCCGUUCCAGCUCCAUGGCGGCAGGACUAGAAAAAAAUGGCCGAACAAGAGUGCGAGCCAUUUUCUCUCAUGCUGCUGGGGACAACAGCACCCUUCUGAGCUUCAAGGAAGGAGACCUUAUUACGUUGCUAGUGCCUGAGGCCCGAGAUGGCUGGCAUUAUGGAGAGAGUGAAAAGACCAAAUUGAGAGGCUGGUUUCCUUUCUCCUACACACGUGUGUUGGACAGUGAAGGGAGCGAUAGAUUACAUAUGAGCCAGGGGAAAAGCAGUAGUACAGGCAACCUGUUGGACAAAGAUGAUAUCCCCCCUCCCGACUACAGCAUGUCCUCCCGAACUUUCCAAGCACCAAAUGUCAGCACUUUCAAACAGAGGCCGUACAGCGUGGCGGCGCCAGCAUUCCCCCAGGAGUACCUUAUGCCCUACGGUUGUGCAAUUAAUGAAUAUUCCCGUGGCCUCUUCCCAGUGUCACCUGCCUCCUACCAGCCUUAUUCUAGGUCAACAGCCGGGCUGGAUGACUAUGGGGCAAGACCCUCAAGCAGCCCGGAUGUUGAAGUGGCCAGGUUUUGAGAUGUAUCCCUGACUGUGUAUACAGUAGUUGAAUCCUUUUGCCAACGUCCAGCUCAAACCAACGGUGACAAAUGAUCGUUCAGCUCCUCUCAUCAGCUGAUCCAGAAAUGUUGGGUUACGGCGGGUACCUUGCACCUUUUGAUUUCACCUUUCACCUGUGUUGUAUUUCUGUGAGGUCCUUGUACAGUUUACAUGUGUUUCCUUCCAAUUCUGUUUUUGGUAGUUAAACGGCAUUUAAGUGGCAUGCUGGUGUGCUUUUUCCUUUUGCUCAUUAGAAAUAGAAGAGAAACUUGACCCUUGGAGAACGAUGAGUUUUGAAAGGGAUGCUACGCUGCUAUUUUGGGUGGAGACCUAGAUAGACCAGAAAGCAGGCCGCCUUCUUUGCUUUUGCAGCUAUAUGCAACAUUCAUAAACGUUUUUAAGAAUAGCCACGGAGAUAGAUGAACCUUGCAGUUUUGCAGUGUCCUAUGUUUGUCAGUUAAAACUUCUCCUGGAAAUCCUUUUUCAUCUUUUAUCAAAACCUAUGGAUUUGAACAGGACUUCAGAGCUGUCAAGGGAAACUUUGGGGCUACCUAAGGCCACCAGAUGAAAUGCACGACCCAGGUCCUGCUCACUCAACAUUUGGAACUGACACGGACUUGAAUCUUCUGAAGCGUUUCCUGGUAGCUCCCUCCUUACCUUGCAUUGGACUUUUGCUGGAUAAAAGUAAAAGUUUUACUGAAUCAAUGUUUAGAAGAGCUGGGCUCCUCAAAGCAAUUGUCUCAAUUUGACACUUUAAUUUUUAUUAAUGGUCUUUUCUCUCCUAAUGGUCCUACAUCUAUCCUGCUUGUCUGUGAUGAUCCUUAAGCAGCAAGGCCCAUUGAUGGAUAAGUUAUUGUGCAUACCUUUUCCAGCAUAUUAGGAUGAUUGGGGAAUGUUAUGCAGGAAAGGAAUAUUUUCUGUGUGCAACUAGCACCAUCUGUUGCUUGAUCAUUUGUUUCAUUUCUCUGUAGCUUUAAAUAGACCAAGGAGGGACCAUUAAAAAGCUAGUUUAGUCCUACAGUGCCCAAACUCCCCUUGCUGUGUUUUCUUACUGACACAUCUUGACUGGUGCAGGUGUGUCUUCUGCUGCCAAAGUAAGUUAGUUUAGACAGCUUGACCUCUGCCUUGGUAUUAGGUCCAUGCUGUUUGAAAGAUCCUUUGUUCUGUGACUAAGCCAAUACUGUAUUCCUGGUUUGUUUUUGUUUGUUUUUUUAAGUUGCACUUGCCUUCUAAAGUAGAUGUUAAUUCAGUCACAAAUAAGCUUUUUUUCUUACGUUCUGUCCUAUUGGCUCUCAAAGUCUGGUAAGAUGUAACAAAGAUCAUUCAGCUCGCUCCUUGUAUUUAUGUAACCCAAGAUUAGUGAGUAGUUCUAGGAAACAAUAGUUAUCAAAAUGGAACUGGACUUACCCACUAUUUGGAGUGCUCUUACUGUUUGAAUUCCAGUUAUAGCGCCAGAGUCUGGUGAUAAUGAGCAAUACAAACUCAAUUCCUAAAAUACAUUUGACUUCAAAUAUGGAGUGAUAAGAGGCAAAUUAGCAGUCAAUUUUUAAGAGCUGUGUUCAGUUUCUAUGCCAUUUACCCAUUCUUCCUUUUAAAUUCUUAUUGAACAAACCCUAAUGAAUUAUGCUGGAUGCAAAUUUCUGCCUUAUUCUACAUAAUAGUAGCCCCCAGCUGACUGUACAAAAUCUAUAUAGAGCUGCUGCUUUUUCUUCCCAGAAAGAAAUGAUAAUAAUGGUAUUUUUUUCCUCUAAAAGUGGCAAAGCUUUUGGUGUGAACUUUGGCCAAAUAUUAAACAGCCUCCCUCAUCUGAUCCUUUGUACAACCUGAAGUCAUUUGCAGCUGCUUUGUUUUUUUCCAGUGGCUUUAAAAAGCAGUCACAGCUGCCUUGAAUAUAAAUUUACCAAUCUUAUCAUUAAAAUCAUUCAAGUUCAAAUGUGAUCAUAGUUUCUGUGCUCUCUGUUUCUGAAAAAACAUCGACUGGUUUCUGUGAUACACUUAGCCCAGAAUUGUAUUGUCUGGCUUAAUGUGUUGAGUGAACCCAAUCAUUGUGGUUUAUUCAAUAAAUCAAAGCUAAACUGUGGCUUAGCAUGCUACGUAGAUCCUGUUUAAGUCUCCCAUGCAAACUUGGAGACUUUCUGUUAGUGAGCAUUUCCAUCACGAGUUGUACAUUUCCCUGUGGCUUAUGAUGCACAGAUAUAAAUAUCUCAAAAUCUAUAUUUUUAUAUAAAGAAAUUUAGCUAAAAAUCAAUUACAGAAAAUCUCUAACUCUGAUAGUUCAGAUAAGGCCACAGUCCUAAGGAAAAUUAUUUAAAAGAUGAAGCUCACCGGCCUUGUUUUUGAUCACGUGCUACAAUUGCCUUUUUUUAUUAUUGCAUCUUUCUUCUGUUACAGUUCUUUCUUGAAAAUCAUUUUUCCAGUUGUUGAAUCAUUUACUUUAUGGUCUCUGUUCACAUAAAUAUAAUGAAGAUUCUCAGCCACACUGUACUGCUUUGAAAAAUUGCUGUUUGUAUGUGUUGUGUAUGCAUUUUUAAAAAGUCAAACUUUGCCAAAUUAUUUUUUUCUUUAAGGAGGAAGAUUGAUUUUUAGCUCCUUUCUUUGCUCCUCUCUCAGACCAAUUCCUUUCUUACGUAAUAUUUUCAGCAGUGCACCCUUUGCUCUAGAAUUAUUUAGAUCUGUGUUUCUCAACCUGGUAAAUUGAAAUCCACACAUCUUAAAAGUUACUAAGGCUGAGAAACUAGAUGAUUCAAGGCAAAUAGGAACUCUAGCUCGCCAAAUGGAGCUGAGGGGUGGCAGGGCUGUCAGCUCCUAGACUGAAUAUGAGACAAAAGAUACAAAGAUUUCCAAACAAACAUUGGCUCUUGCAAGAUGAACUAUCCAGUAGAAUCAGAAAGUAGAAUGGGCUAGCUGAGGCUCAGAUUACCUCAGUUUGGUUUUUUAGGUGCCCAGUCUAUGAAAAUGGGACGGUUUGUGGGAACAUUUUACGUAGGAGAUGCCAGAAAAUGGAGCCUAAUAUUGCCUUUCUUCUUUCAUUCAAAGGUAGGAUGAAGACUUGCAAUAGCAAAUGAGGGAGAGGGUCCAUCUGCAAAUGUUUUUCGAGGGAAGGUUGAUCGUAGUCACUUUUAAAAUUCAUGAUUUUUGAUACCCUUCUCUCCAUCCUAAUUGGUAUAUCUUCCUAUUUGAACUAUUUAAAUAUUUUUUCUUAAACAGGUCCAGGGGCAUGAAAUAAAUGGGAAAUUGUUACUGUACUAUAUGUAAGAGUUGGCAAAGCACUAACAUAGCUGAAGAUGCAUCUGAGCAAUUCAAUCAAAUUAUGUGGCUGAGAGUUUUGGAAAUUGUAAUCCUAGUGCUUGAGGGAAGCAGCAGGUUGGGAAAGCUGCUUUAGAUAUGUUACUUGAUCACCUUAUGCUCUUCAAAAGUCUCUUUUGUUAGGACUUGAAGAUUAAAAGAGGUUUCUCCUGGGCAA